AUGGCAAGCGGGGAUAAGCAAGAUUCGCCCAAGCAUAUGACCUACUCAAAAUCUAAAGUCCCUGUAUUUGGAGCUUUGAUAGACUAUAUCGAGACUAGUUUGGAUUACAUAAGACGAAAGACCUUCGCUAGGGCUGAAAUAUUACAUGAAACAGCGUCCAAGGCAACGCUUUCUGCUUCAUUCAUGGCUACCGUAUGUCUCAUUAUGGGUUUGACAUCUAAUGUGAAGUUUGAAAUUGUGAAGUUCGAUGAAGAACCUCUUCCUAAUGAUUUACACUUUAUGUUGAUGAGCAAAGACGAAAAGCUUUACAUAGACGAUAUUGAUGUCUCCAGAGUAAUGUGGUGUCUUGAAGCUUCUGAUACAUUGGUCGUGCUCAUUAGCUGCUUGUUGAUAUUGAAUUCUUCUUAUGUGGUCAGCUCUAUUGGUCUACGUUUCGGACGAAAACAGUUAUGCUUGACAGUCGAACAAAUAAAAGCCAUUGACUGA